GAAUGAGUAUUGAGUAAGUAUAUUUGAGCACACAACACAAACCCCAAUCAAUGCUGCUUCACCAUCUCAAAUCCUAGUCUCAUAACCCUAGAAAAUUGAAGGAAAAAAAAAACCCCUUUCUUUCUCCUUCCCACAUUUUCCACCACAUUCGAUUUCAAAGACUCUCACUUUCCUCUCUUCUGCUGCGAUUGGAUCUCAGGUUUUUGGCUAUUUUUUAAAACCAAUUACUUCCAUUUGUCUCUAAGAGACACCCCUUUUGGUCAAUUUCUGAGAUUUCGAUCUCAAAGUGUGCUAGGUUCAGUGAAUUUUCAGAAAGUUUGGUUUUUUUUUUCUUCAAAAAGGGGGAUUUUUUAUUGUGGAAUUGGGAAUUAAUCUUGAGGAGUUGAAUUGGUGCUGGCAAUGCCAUUGGUGUGGAAUUUUUGAGAUACCCAGAAAGCAUCAUGUCUUGGGCAGGCCCUGAGGAUAUCUACCUUUCUACUUCACUUGCUAGUUAUCUUGAUAAGAAACUUCUUGUAUUGCUGAGAGAUGGGAGAAAGCUCAUGGGGACACUUCGCUCUUUUGAUCAAUUUGCUAAUGCCGUUCUCGAGGGUGCCUGUGAGAGGGUUAUUGUUGGUGACCUGUAUUGUGACAUCCCAUUGGGCCUUUAUGUAAUUCGUGGGGAGAAUGUUGUUCUCAUUGGUGAACUGGACUUGGAGAGGGAGGAACUCCCCCCACAUAUGGUGCGUGUUUCCACAGCAGAAAUUAAGAGGGCACAGAAAGCAGAAAGGGAUGCUUCAGAUCUGAAAGGGACUAUGAGAAAAAGAAUGGAAUUCCUUGACUUGGACUAGUGAACUAUUCUCUCACUCAUCUUUCACCUCCCAUUGCAAAUAUUGUAGCACCUGUUCUUAAGUUAUUUUAUUUAUUUUUACAUGCUAUUGUCAGCUUUCAUGGGAAGGAUGAACGCUGUUGAAAUUUCUUGUGUAUUAUUAGCCUGAGGAAUCAAUACAUUAAUUUUCUUUCUUUUCUUCUCCAAACAAUUGUCAAUUAAUAUGGCAUGGUUUCUGUUCAUAAAUGACAUUCUGAAUCUGAUUUGGAAAUGAAAGGGUCCUAAUUAUGCAGAA